GACGAGCAGGAAGUGAGCACAGUUGACGUUUUCGUUUGCCUUGAAGUCUUCGCCAUCGAGACUGUCUCGCGGUUUGGAUGGACAUCCAGAGCAUCGCAGAUAAUCUUACAUACGUGAAAGCGAGACAGAGCACGGGCAGCAAGAACAAGGGAAGAAGUAGGAAAUGGCAGCAGAUGCUCAAGUUCCCUAACGUCUACGAGUGCCGCUCUCUACGAGAAGAGAUCGAUAAGAAGUAUCAGAACGUCGUCGAAGAGCAGCCGAUCGGGAAACGCUUGUUCGUUCAGUUCUGCUCGCGCAACGAGCGCCUCAAAAAUUUAACGGAUUUUGAACGCGAACUAGAAAACUUUGACAAACUAGUGGAAGAGAAUCGUCCGGCCGUCGCUCAACAGAUUUGGAAGAAAUUCUUGUCACAGGAGGCUCCCGGUUGUAUUGAACAAAUCAGCGAUGAGAUCAGGGAAGGAGUGGAAAGACAGUUAGCAACUGCUGUUUCUAGAAAUACGUUUGAUGAUUGUAGAAGUGCUGUGAGAGAACAGCUGAGUGGUCAACCUUUCAAUGAAUUUUUAGAUUCUUUAUACUUUUCUCGAUUUUUGCAGUGGAAAUAUUUGGAGAGACGUCCAGUGAAUAAGACGUACUUCAGACAUUAUCGAGUUCUUGGCAAAGGCGGAUUCGGAGAGGUGUGUGCCUGUCAGAGCCGCUGUACGGGCAAAAUGUAUGCCAUGAAGAAGUUAGAAAAGAAACGGGUGAAACGACGGAAAGGCGAGGCAAUGGCACUAAACGAGAAACAAGUGCUACAGAAAGUAAAUAGUCGAUUUGUGGUGAGUCUCGCAUACGCGUAUGAAACAAAAGAUGCUCUUUGUAUGGUUUUGACUUUGAUGAAUGGAGGAGAUCUCAAGUUUCAUAUUCAUUCGAUGGGUGGUGCUGAUCCCGGGUUUAGUGAAGAUAGGGCGUAUUUUUAUGCUGCUGAGAUAGCGUGUGGUCUAAGAGAUCUACACGAUGCUGGGAUUGUGUACAGAGAUUUGAAGCCGGAGAAUAUUCUGUUGGAUGAUCAUGGACAUGUGAGAAUAUCAGAUCUUGGAUUGGCUUUGCAACUGGCUCCCGGUGAAACGGUCCGAGGGAGAGUCGGAACUGUAGGCUACAUGGCUCCAGAAGUAGUAAAGAAUGAACGAUAUUCAUUCUCUCCUGACUGGUGGAGUCUUGGUUGUCUGGUAUACGAGAUGAUUCAAGGAAGAAGUCCAUUCAGAGCAAGGAGGGAGAAAGUGUCUCGAGACGAGGUUGAGAAACGAGUGAAAGAUGACAAAGAAGUGUAUACUGAUAAAUUCAGUGAAGAGGCAAAGAGCUUUUGCUCAAAGCUGUUGGACAAAAAUCCCGCCACUCGUUUAGGCUGCACUUCUCAAAAGUUUGUAGAGAUUCGCUGUCAUCCGUUUUUUGCUAAAUUAAACUGGCCUCAUCUCGAGGCUGGAAUGCUUAAGCCACCGUACGAGAUUGAUCCACAUGCUGUGUAUGCUAAAGAUGUAUUGGAUAUAGAGCAGUUUUCUACUGUAAAAGGAGUGACAAUUGAUCAGGAUGACAGUGAAUUUUAUUCCAAGUUUGCAACUGGCUGUACGACUAAGCCUUGGAUGAAUGAGAUGAUUGAAACCGGAGUGUUUGAUGAGCUCAACAAGUUUGGACCCGAUGACACACCGACUGAAGAUUUGAUAGAGAGACCACCAGGAGAAGCAAAUGAACAUCGGGGCUUUUUCAGUCGACUCUUUGGGAGAAGGCACUAAUUGUUCAACACACUCAAUUGGAUAUGUAGAGGGUUGUACAGUAUCUAUUUCUUGAUUGGCAGUAUGAUAUCUAACCUACUUCAUUGAAUUACCUGCUUGUAAUUGAGGCACGGUCAUUCUCUUUAUACAGCGUCAGUUAUGUACUCCAAAUGUAAACUUUGGUAAAUUCU